UAGCGUAAGGGGCGGGAUCUGUUGAAUAUGGUUGGGGAGAAAAAUUCUGCUGGGAACAAGAUUCUACCGGGGAAGGGAAUAUAUACAUAUACAUAUAUAUUGUUAUCAGUCUGUUAAGCUUUAUCCUAGUGGACGCCUUCCUCUGAAUAAUUGCUAUUAUUCACGCGAUUAAUGCCACUCCAAGGCUUGUCUUGUAGGAAAAAAAGGGAUGAUCCCGUGCUGUGAGAGGACUUGUUUUGGUGUUUUGCUAGGUCAAGAAGCCUGAGUAAUAUUAUCUGGGUAACGUAGAUCGAACUUUUAACAAAUUUAUAGAACGGCACGGGGGAUAUAGUCACGUGCGUCUUGUGAUAUAAUUAUAAAUAUAUAAUCAGAUAGUUGUGUACCGCUAAGUAACAUCAUCAGGGGCUACUUCUUUUCCGAUAGGAAUGCUAAUGCUGCUUAGCUUAAUGAACAAAAGCUGAAGACGUCAACAGCGCUCGCGACAACCGCUUGUCAGUCUGUAUAUCUGUAACUCGGCUUAACCCAGUUGUUAUUGAUAUUUAAAACAUAAAUAUUAAUGAAUGAUAAUUGAUAGAAGUCGCGUGCAUGCGUCUAGGCUGGGUUUAGAUAUCGAGCGCCUGUGAGCUGGUCUAUUACACCUUUUUUUCAAAAUUCAAAUUUUAAAUUAUAAUUUUCCUGACAAAUUACAAAAAUAUAAUUUGGCGUUAAUUAGACAAGGAUAAACUGUAUAUACAGUAGAUAUAAACAAAAAUAUAUGUCACACGUCCAUCUUAAAUUGUUUCAUCACUUUAUUGUUUUUGUUACAGUACAAGCGGACUUUUCUAUAUAUGUAUAUAUUGUGUCAGACUUCCGGUCGACCACUUCCGGUUAAUUUAGCACAUCAAGGUAAUUUUUUCCCCCUCAGGAGAUAAUAACAUUACACUUUUUUCGUUGUUAGUAUCAAAGUUGAUUUACUAUUAAAUAUAGAUUUGUGUUGGGGGAAAAAUAAAAAACUAUAUCGUUUCUCCGGGUGGAACUGGUACGAACCGGUUUAGCCAGCUAGCUAGCUAGUUUGCGUGGUUUACUGUCAAGAUUGUCACUGCAUUAAAAAAAACAAAACAAAAAACUAUUAUAUUAGAUAAAUAAACUGUGCAUGUUGAUAUAUUCUAAUCCGAACUCGUGUAUUUAUUUAUAUAUUUUUGUUCAGUUUCUAAAACAAAAAAAAACAUUUUAAUUUACAAAGAGACAAAGUGUUUUCCAUGACAACGCAUCCAAACAAGGAUUAGUUAAAUAAACCUACAUGUGAAAGUAUCUGUUAAGCUAGCGGCUUUAUUCUGUGUUACCCGCAGCUGAAAGUUACGCUCACGAUCGUUGCAGCUGCUGCUAGCUCAAGUCCGUUCCACACUUUAGACUUCGCUUCAUCCCAUUCGACUGCAGUCGAUUUCUCCGUCUAAAAAAAUCAGUCAUUGUUCUAGUUUCAGAACGUCUCUUGCGAUAAGGUUUAUUUUUUUAGAAUAGUUGCAUUCGUGAUUGUUGUGUGUUGAAGUGGCUAACAAAUCGAACAGAAGUCUGGAAAGUUACGACUCCGCAUUUUAAAAUAUGGUGGAUAAUUCAGUAUCGACUAUAAUAAAGAUUAGUUAUCAUUAAGUUGCUAUAGUCAGGGCUGUAAAAAAGAAAAAAAAAAUUGACUCAAAUAAAUACAGAAAUAUUUUAAACUCCAAAAAUUAAACAGUACUGACAAACUUCUCACUUUAUUUUCUUUCUCUUUUUUUUUUGGUGUUAAUUCUUGAUUUUAUUUUGUAGUCUUAGAUACUUCUUUGAUAUUACUUUUUAGUCUUAGAUACUACUUUUACACACUACUUUUACUACUUUUAUUUUUACUUCUUGAUCAGUAAAAAUCAAUGAUGUAUUGAUCCGGAAGGUUUGAGGUGAUCGGUUGAUGCACUGGAACAGUUUUCCGAGAAAAAUUAAGGUUCCUUUGGGUCACAGCCCUUACCUUAGGAAUCAUCCCCAUCUCUCCGUCCCUUCAGUAGUAUAGUGGCAGAAUGAGCGGGGCCGGAGAUAAGGGCGUCAAUGGGGUUCUGGUCUGUCAGGAGAGUUAUGCGUGUGGCGGAACGGACGAAGCGGCGUACGAGUGUGACGAAUGUGGCAGCUUACAGUGCACACGCUGCGAGCUCGAGCUCCAUCGGCAGGAGCGCAUGCGCAAUCACGACCGGGUUCGGAUCGCACCGGGACACGUGCCGUUCUGCGACCAGUGUAAAGGACAGGCAGGCACCCCGACUAACGGAUCCCGGCACCGGGCCGUGGUGCGCUGUCAGGGCUGCAAGAUCAAUUUGUGCCUGGACUGUCAGAAACGGACGCACAGCGGCGUGAGCAAGAGGAAACACCCGCUUUUUACUUAUCCACCAUGCAAAGCACCGGAGAAGAGCCCUAACGCCGGCGAUGAAGUGGUAGAUGAUGGGAAAGCUCAGCUGGAAAAAGUUUGCAGCUUCCUCCUGGUGGAUGAGAAGGAGGAUAUGCAGGUGAAGGACGCAGACGAGUUUGUCAGCAGGCUGGGCUGCGCCCCGGACGAGCUCCUGAAGGUGGUGUCCAUCUUCGGGAACACGGGCGAGGGCAAAUCCCACACCCUCAACCACACCUUCUUCAGAGGCAGGGAGGUGUUCAAGACGUCUCCCACGCAGGAGUCCUGCACGGUGGGCGUGUGGGCGGCGCUGGACCCGCUCCAUAAAGUCGUGGUGGUGGACACCGAGGGGCUCCUGGGAGCCGGAGCUAACCAGGGCCAGCGCAUUCGUCUCCUGCUGAAGGUCCUGGCCGUGUCCGAUCUGGUGAUUUACCGCACGCAUGCCGACCGGCUCCAUGAUGACCUCUUCAAGUUCCUGGGCGACGCCUCGGAAGCGUAUUUAAAGCAUUUCACCAAGGAGCUGAAAGCCACCACGGCCCGCUGCGGUCUGGACGUGCCACUUUCCACUCUGGGCCCGGCCGUGAUCAUCUUUCACGAGACCGUCCACACCAAAUUACUGGGCUCGGAUAAGCUCUCAGACUCAGCAGAGCGUCUCCUCCAGGAGCGUUUCCGGAAGCUUGGCCUCUUCCCUGAGGCGUUCAGCUCUAUCCAGUACAGAGGCACUCGAACCUACAACCCUCCCACCGACUUCAGCGGUCUGCUGCGCAGCGUGGAGCUGCAGCUGGACAACACCACCACACGCUCACCGCGAACGGCCAGCGUCAUCUACAAAGCCCUAAACGCCCUGAGUGAGCGGUUUAGUGGUGAGAUCCCUGAUGAGCACCUGUCCAGUAACUCCUUCUUCCCUGAUGAGUAUUUUACCUGCUCCAGCAUUUGUCUCAGCUGUGGCUCGGGCUGCAAGAACAGCAUGAACCACCUGCGUGAGGGCGUGAGCCACGAGGCCAAGCACCGCUGUCGCUACUCCGCCCACUACGACAACCGCAUCUACACCUGCAAGGCAUGCUAUGAGAGCGGUAAGGAGGUGAUCGUGGUUCCUAAGACCACAGCAUCCUCGGACUCGCCCUGGUUCGGUCUGGCCAUCUACGCCUGGUCCGGGUACGUGAUCGAGUGUCCAAACUGUUCGGUCAUCUACAGAAGCAGGCAGUACUGGUACGGCAACCAGGACCCGGUUGACACUGUGGUCCGAACGGAGAUACACCACGUUUGGCCAGGGUCUAACGGCUUCUCGAAGGACAACAACAACGCUGCACAGAGGCUGCUGGACGGAGUGAACUACAUUUCUCAGUCAGUGUCGGAGCUGAGCGUCAAACCCGCCAAGGCCGUCACUUCCUGGCUCACUGACCAGAUCGCCCCCGCUUACUGGAAACCCAAUUCACUCAUCCUCCACUGCUCCAAGUGCGGCGAGGCUUUCGACGACGGCGAUACGAAGCACCACUGCCGGGCGUGCGGAGAAGGUUUCUGUGACGGCUGCUCGUCUAAAAGCAGACCCGUACCCGAGAGAGGAUGGGGACUGACACCGGUCAGGGUGUGUGACGCCUGCUUCCAAAACCGAGGAAUCCCAGAAGAGCUACUGGACGCGGCUCUGCAGGAGGAGGAGAGCGGGACGCUGCUGGCCAGGAAAGUGGGAGAGGCCGUACAGAACACUUUAGGAGCCGUGGUCACUGCCAUCGACAUCCCACUGGGCUUGGUUAAAGACGCGGCACGGCCGGCGUACUGGGUUCCUGACCAGGACAUCCGUAGCUGUUAUCAGUGCCAGCGCGAGUUUAACGCCCGUCUCACCAUCCAUCACUGCCGGGCCUGCGGACAGGGUGUGUGCGACGGCUGCUCUCCUGACCGGCGCGCCGUACCGUCUCGCGGCUGGGACCAUCCCGUACGCGUGUGCGUCACGUGCAGCCAGAAAGCAGGGGAUCUUUAGCAGGAACGGAUAUCAGGGCGGAACCGUGUCAGGAGAGAGAAGCACGUGAUUUUGCACGUCGACGCUCUUCACUGUGGUGAAGCAAAGACUCAAGUAUCAUGUUUAAUUUGCAGCUUAAAAUUUUUUUUUUUCCACAGGAGGAAACCUCGAUGUGAUUUUGACAAUCCAUUGCUUACCGCGCGAUUCUAAUCCACAACCUGACGCCGAGUCACAUCUGGAUGAAGUAUGAAGCGUUUUCCCGGCGCAAAUCCAGUGCAUGAAUCCAGGGAAUCUCCGUACUGUAAUCACGGACAGGACGCUCUCAGAGCAAGCUUUAGUAUAGGUCACUUAGUCCACCUCGCUCGUUCCCGCUUGGCUUUUCAUCGUCUUCCUCCCAGGAGAACUCCAGUGUGCUCAUGUACUACUUAUGGUCAUGUAACCUCGUAGGGAAAUUUCCUUUUGACUAAAAACGUUUUCCUGUUUCCCGAGCAACUCAUUUUAUAAUAUUUAUGACGGACAUUUUUCCUCUAACGCACAAGCGCUACCUUCUGCACAGUGAGGAAUUCAUGAAUGGCAGUGAACAUACAUCACUUUCAGUAGUGAUCACGUGCACCCUUUCUGCACCUCACUACUAAAGUCAUGCGUGUCUCACUGGAACCAGACAUUUUACAACGGUGUGAACUUCCCCUUCUCUCCCUCAGGACACCGACCUGCACCCUGAUUUGAAAAGCCGGUGCCAUUUUAAUGGAGUGUUACUCAUAAGAUUCGCAGAAGAUCUUGUCAUAUAUAUCGUACGAUGAAGCUUCUCCGGCGGUAGAUCGGAUUAAAGAAAACCACUAGGUUGUGCGUACGCAGUAGGACUGGGAGGAAACGGGUGCAUGUACACGUGAGUUCAGGUCACUGGGAUAUACAUAUGCUUCGAUUACAUUUCUCCCAUCGGCAAAACCCUAUCCGUAGCCGUCUCACGAAUUCGCCGUCCUCCUAGUGGCGGAUUUUAGAUGGAUCGACUUCAUAUUAACGUCACCACUGAUCACGUUCCAGUUCCGCCGAUCUCAAACGAUUCGCAACCAAAGACUCCUGACUGAAAAUAUCGAGCUGAAAAUCCAAGUCGUAUAUCCAGCUUUGGCUAAACAGAAGACGUGGCAUGACGUAAACUCAUCCGCUUCACCCCAUACACACACACCCCAUCAUACUCAAACAUGAUUCAGUAGUUUCCGUUAUGCUCCUGGUACGGGUUAAUACAAAAAAAAAAAAAAAAAAAUCCUCGGGCAAAAAAUAUCGUUUGUCUGUAACUGAGUUUGUUUUAUUUAAAGAAAGUGUAACAUUAGACUGACUGAAUGUGACUGAGACUUGAUCAGUCACUGUCACGUUUUAUUCACCUGAGUAUGCUGAGUAAAUUAAACAUGAGUACUUUUAA